AUGACUAACAAAUCAAUUAUGCUUCUGAGCCUGCUGGCUCUUCACUGCAUGUUUAUAAAUGGAAAAACAACAUGUAAGUGGCAAUUGGUGGAAGAAUGGCAUGCACAACCCUCAUCAUAUGUGGUGAAUUGGACAGUAAGAGGAAACAUUUGCAUGGACGCCUAUGGAGAUUGCUGGUUUGAGGACAUAAAUACUAAAAUGAGUACUUCAGGCAAUCUAGCUGUCCCCCAGAUUUGCCCUUUGAAAACUCAAUUAGGAGACAACCUUGUAAUUUCUUCUGAACCAUCUCUUCACUCUCCAGAACUAAAUUUGAUGAAUGUUUCUGAAGCAUCCUUCAUUGACUGUCUGCAGAAUACCACCGCUGAAGAGCAGUUACUUUUCGGUUGCAAACUAAAAGGAAUGCACACUGUUAGCUCUCAGUGGCUGACUGUUGGGACACAUUAUUGUAUUACAGUAAUGGCAAGUGGUCCAUCGCUUUGUCAACUGGGACUUCGACUAAAUGUGACAGUGAAAGAGCAGUUCUGCCAGGAAUGUCUGAAUUCAGAAUAUUGCUCUGGGCAUGGCAAAUGUCUUACUGAAAUUCGGAGCAAGACAUACAACUGUCAUUGUGAGACUCCAUUUUCUGGAAAAUACUGCCAGGAAGUUGAUGCAUGUUCUUAUAAACCCUGUAAAAAUAAUGGCAGUUGCAUUAAUAAAAGAGAAAAAUGGAAUGAGCAAGGAUAUGAAUGUAUCUGUCCCCCACCAUGUCCAUUCUGUGAAGAGUCAAUGGGGCAUUGUGUUUCUUGGUAUUGUUGGAAAAGGGGAAUUUGCCAAAAUGAAAGCUCUGCUUACAUUUGUGAAUGUGCAGAAGGAUUUCUCAAUCAAGACUGUGAAAUUGAUAACAAGAACUGUUCAUUAAUACCAUGUCAGAAUGGUAAUUACUGCAAUGAUAUUUCAAAUGUUACCAUAUGCAUCUGUGCAACAAUAUUGACAGGCAAGCUUUGUAAGAGACUUCAAACACCAUGUGACUCAUUUCCUUGCAAGAAUAAUGCAAUAAACUGUGAGAAAGAUUAUCAUUGCAGUUGUAUGCCAAGAUUUACUGGAAAAAGCUGUGAGAAAGUAAUUGACCACUGUAGACUGCUCAGCAUCGACUGUCUGAAUGAAGGAUGGUGUUUCAAUAUAAUUGGAAGAUUCAGAGUAAUAUAUAUGCACCCAAGAUGCGCAAGAAAUCCAUGUUGGUUUCUGAAGAAUGUUCGCUUAAUCCUUCUGUACCCUUGCUACGGUGGAUCCAUCUGCCAUGAUAUUUGCCAAACUAUAGUUCCUCAUUCUCUUAAAUUUAAAUAUGUGUGGCAAUUGGGAUUUACAGUAUCUGAAGGUGAAAAGUGUGAAGUGACUGUUGAUACUUACUUCUUUCUCACUGAAAAUUGCACUGACAAUGCAGACUAUGUGAACAAAUCUGAAGACAUUGAUUAUCCAUGUUUGUUUCAAUGUGAAAAAAAUGGAGGUAAGGUAAUGUGUGCAAAUGGAUGCAUUUGUUUGACUGAGAAGGAAAUAAGGGAUAUUUUUAUCUAUUUAUUCCCAGAAGUCCUGGGAAAAUGUAUCUGGAAAAUACAAGAAAGUCAGUGUCAACUUGAAGCAAUUUAUGAAGAUGAAUUUAAUAUAUCUAGAUGCAGCUUUUCUCUUGGUUACACCGACAGAUUCUGUAUUCUCAGUGUUGGAAAUUGCUUAGGAAACCAGAGUACAUCACUGCAUGGCCUCUGCCAGGUCCAUUUGCACAGCUGUAACUGUAGCUGUCUGCAAAUAUAUGAAAGAAACAUCUGUGAAAUAGAAAGUGAAGAUUGUAAAUCUAUGCCCUGCAAAAAUGGAGCCACCAGUAUCAUUUUAAAUGGCUAUUUCUUCUGCACGUGUGUCCCUGGAUUUACAGGUACAAAAUGUGAGAUAGAUGCAAAUGAGUGUGCUUCCCAUCCCUGCAAGAAUGGAGCUACUUGCAUUGACCAACCUGGGAAUUGCUUCUGCCACUGUGUGGCUCCAUUUAAAGUGGUUGCUGGCUUCUGCUUCUGCAAUCCUGGCUACAAGGGCCUGAGGUGUGAGCAGGACAUUGAUGACUGCAUCCUGAACGCCUAUGAGCACAACUCUACCUGCAAAGAUCUGCAUCUCAGCUACCAGUGUGUAUGCCUGUCAGGUUGGGAAGGAAAUUUUCAUGAAGAAUCCAAUGACUGAAAAAUGAAUCCUUGUGAGAACAAGUCCACUUGUACUGACCUUUACAAAAGCUAUCGCUGUGAAUGUACAUCCGAAUGGACUGGACAAAACUGUAGUGAAGAAAUAAAUGAAUGUGACUCUGACCCAUGCCUGAAUGGAGCUCUUUGUCAGAAGUCUACCAUCCCUGAGCAAUUUGUAUGCCUGUGCCCACCCUUUUAUACUGGAAAAUUCUGCCAUCAACACUAUAACUCCUAUGAUCCACACUGCAGGAACAAUUCAACAUGCUUGACUUUGGUGGAUGGAAAUCAUUAUUGUGUGUGUAGAGAAGGAUUUGAAGGGGAACACUGUUAAAUUAACAUGAAUGAGUGCUUCUCCCUUCCCUGUAAGAAUUAUCAUGACUGUGAAGAUGGGGUCAACAAUUCCAGGUGUGUUUGCAGACCUGUGUUUUUUGGGCUUCUGUGUGAAAUUGAAACCGAGUGUUCCUCUAAACCUUGCCAAAAUAAUGGAACCUACAUGGAUUUGACAAACAGAUUUUUAUGUAGUUGUGAACCUGGGUACCAUGGAUCUCUCUGUGCACUGGAUAUGAAUGAAUGUGAAAUCAAACCUUGUCUAGAUGGAGAAGAUUGGGUUAACAGAACCUGUGCAUACAACUGCCUCUGUGUUCCUGGUGAUACAGGUAACAUCACUUGUGAAGUAAAUAUAGAUGAAUGUCUAUCAAAACCCUGUCUCCAUGAUGGAGCUUGUAUUGAUGGCAUCAAUCAUUAUACCUGUGACUGCAAGAGUGGCUUUUCUGGAACACACUGUGAAACAAAUGCAAAUGAUUGCCUCUCAAAUCCUUGUCUGCAGGGAAGAUGCACAGAUGUCACUAAUGAAUAUCAAUGCUCCUGUGAUACAGAAUGGACUAGCUCAAGAUGUGAGAUCAAGAUUAAUAACUGCACAUCAACCCCUUGUAUGAAUCAGAAGUCAGACCAUGGCUUUACUUGCAUUUGCCCAAGUUGCUACGCGGGUGCAUAUUGUGAGAUAAGUACUGAUAGUUCUGCUGAGCGGGAACUGAAUAUGGACCUCUGUGUUAAUGGCGGGAUCUGUCUCGGUGAAUCUGGACACACAUUUUACUGCAGUCUCCAUAGUAGAGAUGGUUCCAGAAUCAGCUCGGCAUAUGAAAGAGCAUUGCAAAGUGGAGAGAGUCCUGGACAAGGAUUUGGGAAAUUUAGUCUUUUUGCAAAUGCUUUUAAGUUUGAUCUAGAUUCUGCCAAGUCUUUUAAACUUGUUCUGUGUUCUUAUAAUGCAUUAGAUUGUUGGCCAGAACAUCCCUGUGAGAAGGGAUUUGAUGAGUGCAUUCUCAAAUCAUGUGUUCAUGACAUAUGUGUAGAAAAUGAACUGGCUGCCUCGACAUGUUUCUGCCUACCUGGAUUUGUGACCUGUUCCAUCGGGCUUCUUUGUGGUGAUGAAAUAAGGAGAAUUAUCCCUUUACUUCCUUUCUCUCCAAGAACAGAUGACAUUCCUACUCAAAUGUAUAUAGUACCUACUUCUGAGGCAAGGUCUACAAGACUAUGGACCAUAAUGAAUACUUAUCCAGUUGACCAAGGUUUAAAAGAGACAGACAUUUUCAAGCAUGACAUUCUCUCAACCGCUGGUUUGUCAGCAUUAAGUAUUGGCAUAUCCCUUGAAAGCUAUCUACUGAAAGAGCUGAUUUCUACUAGACAACUUUCAACAAAACAACUUACUUCUUCCACAGAUGUUUGCUCUUCUCAGUUUCUGAAUUUUGAUUAUCAUGACACAACACAAAUUGUCCGGAGCACAACAGCUGUCUCACAUAUGCCUAUCCAAACUUCAGCUGUCUCACCAGGAUUCUUUUUCUUCAAUAGAAGAGAGAGGACCUCAUUUAUCAUCUCUUCCUUAAUGAUAGAUUUUAUUUUUCCUACGCAAUCUGUAUUACUUGACAAUGAUCAGGCUGUUGCCUUAUCUGCUGCCACAAUGAGUUCAGUAAUUAGUGGCAUUCCAGGGGCCUAUGCUGAGUUAAACAGGCACUCAUUCCUCUCCCCUGGAUUGCUGCUCACAACUGCUUCCACAAGCAUACCUCCAAUUGUUUCUAGGGGGGCUCAAGAGGAUACUGAAGAAUAUUCAGCUGUUACCGUAAUUUCAAGAAGAGAGUACUGGAGAUUGCUGAGCUCCUCAAUGUCUCCCAUUUCUCCUGCUAAGAUAAUUAUAUCUAAACAGGUAGCCAUCUCAAACUCAUCAACUCUGCCCAUAUCCACUACAGCCUCCAUUCCCAGUGAAUAUCAGAUUAUUACUGAAGCAUCUAGCAACAAGAGACUCACAAACACCAAAUCACAGACUGCUGAUUCCUUAAGUGAAUUAAGCCAGACAUGUGCAACAUGUUCUGUGACUGAAAUAAAAUCCUCUCAUAAAUUCUCAGAUCAAGUUUCGCAUAGCGAACAGUCCCAUUUUUAUGAGACAUUCGGGAUGAACUCAGAGAUAUUAGCCAGCUGGUAUGCACUAAUGGGAACUCAAACUAUCACUUCUAGGCAUUUAUUUUCUUCUGCUACUGAAAUAAUGCCAUCACUAGCAUUCACAGAACUGUCAUCUUUAUUUUCUUCUAAAAAGAGUACAAAAGGAAUAAGUUUAUACUUAUCCUUGGAGGAAUACAUUACCCUAUCAAAUUUGGUUGUUAAUUUAUGUUUGGAUAAGACUUGUUUAUCCAUCAUCCCUUCAAUUGUCUCUUCUGAUCUGCUGAAUUCUGAUUUGACUUCAAAACUGACUACUGAUGAUCUGUUAGUAUCAAGAAACAUUUUUAAAAUAUUGAAAAUAGGACAAUAUGGUAUAACUGUGGGUCCCACUGAGACAAUGAAUCAAGACAAUUUAUUGGGUAUGCAAGAGGAAAAAGGAUCUCAAAAACAGCUCAAAGUUCCUAAGGAUUUUAAAUUAAAUUUACGAAGUCAUCCAGAAACUGUGUAUUCAAAUGACCUCAAAUACAACCCUUCACCUUAUGUAGACUCAAUAACUGAUAUUUCAGAAGCAACCUCUGCUGUUGCAUUACACACCAUUUCACCAACUCGGUCACUUCCAAUACAGACCUCUUUUCCCUUGUCUGUAUUUAUGCCACAUUGGACAUAUUAUACAGAUGAUCUGCCUUUACAUCUGAUUUUUAAAAAAAAAGAGUUCAGAACUUCUUCAGAAUGGUCCAAAUGGGAACUUCAGCCUAGUGUGCAUAAUUGGGAAUCUGCUGCCGCAGGCCAGUGGCUUCCCAUCACUCCAUCUCUUACUUUGUCUUCAUUGGAGUCCAUUCCAGCACCUCGUCAGCUGAUGAUUUCUGACUUCUCUUUGUGUUUGUUUUAUGGAGAUUCCUUUCUAGAAUUUCAGAAUAUAUUUUUAAAUCCACAAAAUAAUAUUUCCCUAGAAUUUCCAAUCUUCAGUUCCUAUGGACUUCUGCUCUACAUCAAGCAAGACUCAAAUUUAGUAAACAGAUUUUUUAAUCAAUUAUUUAUUGAAAAUGGUACUUUGCAGCACCACUUUUUCUGUGCUGGUGAAGCAAAAUUGCAAAGCAUUAACACUACUAUUAAAGUAGAUGAUGGACAAAGGUAUUCACUGCUUAUCAGGCAAGAAUUGGACCCAUGCAAAGCUGAGCUGACUAUUCUAGGGAGGACUGUAAAAGCAAGGGAACCUGUCAAUCUCGUGUCUGAAAAACCCCUGCCAGAAUCAUGGUCUGUCUUUAUUGGUGGAGUUCCAGAUCUUCAUGGAGCAAACCAGGUUUCUGGAUCAUUUGAGAAUUUUACUGGCUGCAUAGAAGUUGUAGAAAUCAAUAACUGGGGAUCUUUCAUUCCAUCCAAGGCAGUGAAAAAAAUUCACAUCGAUAACUGCAGAACGCAGGGAUUCUACUCUGCAACAUCCUCCUUUACUGCUCCUUCUGGUGGGACAGAAGGGGUGGACUCCAUGGGGACUUCCCUCAGCCCCUCUCCUGCGGUGCCACCGGUGUGCCAGGAGGAUGUGUGCCACAAUGGAGGCACUUGCCAUCCCAUCUUCCUCUCAAGUGGUGCAUUCUCACUCCAGUGUGACUGUCCACUACAUUUCACUGGCCGUUUCUGCGAACAAGAUACAGGUUUAUUUUUCCCAUCUUUCAAUGGGAAUUCCUACUUAGAACUGCCUUUCUUUGCAACCCUAAGUGAGUUGAAGUCUGUGCUGGAAAAAGAACAUAACAGAAUUGUUACCAUCUACUUGACUAUAAAAACAAACACGCUGAAUGGGACCAUUCUCUACAGUCAUGAGAAGAAUUUUGGAUAACAGUUUCUUCAUUUAUUUCUGGUGGAAGGAAGGCCCACAGUUAAAUAUGGAUGUGGAAGUUCCCCAAAUAGCUUGACUCUCUCUGCUAAUUAUAGCACUAACACAAAUGCAUUCAUCCCUAUCACCAUGUGCUUCACAGUGCCUGCUGGUAGCCCUGGGGUUGCUUGUAUGAUUGAAAUGACUGCAGCUGGAAAACCUACAAUACAGAAGAAAGAAAUGGAACUAUAUGCCUCUCAGGUAUAUUUGGAAUCAAUGUUCCUUGGCCAUAUACCUGAAAAUGCUAAGAUUCAUAAGAAUGUGGGCCAUAUCUAUGGGUUCAAGGGCUGCAUUGGAAAGCUUCAAGUAAACAACAAAGAAUUCUUCAUCACUGAUGAAGCACUACGUGGAAAGAACAUUGAGAACUGCCACGUCCCUUGGUGUGCUCAUCAUCAAUGCCACAACAACGGCACCUGCAUCAGUGAUGGUGAAAACUGGUUUUGUGUGUGUCCAAAGCUGUACUCAGGCAAGCUGUGCCAGUUUGCAAUGUGUGAAAACAACUCAUGUAGAAACGGGGCCACCUGUGUUCCCAAAUCUGGGACAGACUUCGUCUGCCUCUGCCCCUACGGGAGGUCUGGACUCCUCUGCACGGACGCUAUUAAUAUCACUCAGCCCAGGUUCAGUGGCAUGGGUGCCUUCGGAUACACUUCAUUCCUGGCUUAUUCUCGGAUCCCAGACAUCAGCUUCGAUUAUGAAUUCCACUUGAAGUUUCAGCUAGCAAACAACCACUCGGCACUGCAAAAUAACGUCAUCUUCUUCACCGGGCAGAAGGGCCAUGGGCCGAAUGGCGAUGACUUCCUGGCAGUGGGUUUGCACAACAGCCGCGUGGUGUACAGUUAGAACCUGGGGUCCGGCAUCGCAAGGAUCAGCAGCGAUCCUCUGGAUCUGAGCCUUGGGGUCCACACGGUCCAUCUGGGGAGGUUCUUCUGAAUGGGCUGGCUGAAGGUAGAUGAUCAUCAAAAUAAAUCCAUCAUCUCCCCAGGAAGACUGGUUGGUCUCAAUGUCUUCAGUCCGUUUUAUGUAGGUGGCUACAGUGAAUACACUCCAGAUCUCUUGCCAAAUGGAGCCGAUUUUAAAAAUGGCUUUCAAGGUUGUAUUUUCACUAUUCAAGUUCGCACCAGGAAGGACAGCCAUUUCAGAAGGCUGGGAAAUCCUGAGGGCCACCCAGAUGCUGGGCGCAGCGUUGGCCAGUGUGACACUUCUUGUAGCUUAAUGAACUGUGGCAACGGUGGGACCUGCAUAGACAGUGGAGCUACUGUUUACUGUGACUGCCCCACUGGGUGGAAAGGAGCCUUCUGCACGGAGACAGUUUCCACCUGUGACCCUGAACAUGACCCUCCACACCACUGUGGCAAAGGGUCAACUUGUGUCUCGUUGCCUCAUGGGUACACCUGUUCCUGUCCUCUGGGAACCACUGGAGUCCACUGUGAACAAGCUUUCAUAAGACCUUACGUGUUUCCUCCACAUCACAAGCACGCUCUGGGCUACCUGGACACAAACACUGACUUCUAUAUUGAAGGAGUUCUUGUAAAUCCCAUGGCAACAGCCAAUGGACCGGUAGGUUUUCAAGGUUGUGUCCGAGAAGUUAUAAAUAAUCAAGAAUUACAAUUAACUGAACUAGGAGCGAAAGGUGGCUCAAAUGUAGGUGACUGUGAUGGGACAGCCUGUGGGUACACCGUGUGCAGAAAUAGGGGUGAAUGUAUAGUAAAUGGCACUUUUUUGUGCAGAUGUCCGCCACACUGGACUGGAAACACAUGUGACCCAUCUGUGUACUGUUUGAAUCACCUUUGUCUCCACCAAACUCUGUGUAUACCUGACUGGCCGUUCUCUUACAGUUGUGCUUUGGGUUGGGUGGGAAGGUUUUGUGAAAGCAAAACUUCAUUUUCAUCUGCAAAAUUUAUGGGUAAUUCUUACAUUAAACACAUUGAUCCACACUAUAGAAAAAGAAACCUCCAGCUCACUACUGUAUCCUUUAAUUUCAGUACUACUGAAAGAGCAGGCUUAAUUGUGUGGAUAGGAAAAGCUCAAAAUGAAGAAAGUGAUUUUCUGGCAAUUGGUCUCCAUAAUCAGACUUUGAAAAUAGCAGUUAACUUAGGAGAAUGCAACUCUGUACCGAUGAUUUAUAGCAAUGGUACAUUUUGUUGUAAUAAAUGGCACCAUAUCAUUAUAAGUCAAAAUCAAACUCAGCUAGAUGGCAAGCUAAUUCUCUCUGAGGAUAUUGACCCACACAAAAAAUUUGUUGCUCUGAACUAUGAUGGUAUUAGUUACCUAGGGGGUUUUGAAUAUGGUCAAAAGAUAAACAUUGCUACUCAAGAGAUUUUUAAAAGAAAUUUUGUUGGUAAAAUUAAAGAUGUAUUUUUUCAGGAUUCAAACAAUGAGUUAAUUGAAUCAGAAGGGUACAAUGUUUAUAAUGGAGAUGAACACAAUUAGAUGGAGGCAAGAACCGUAAGGCAAGGAAAGUCCGUGGCCCCUAGAAGCUGGAAAAAGCAAGAAAAAGGAUUCUCCUCUAAGCCUCCAGGAAAUGCACCCUCUGAGACAUCUUGA